AUGCCUUUUUCCAGUACCGGCGCGGCCUCCACUGCCUCCGCCUCCAAAUCCUCCGCCCCCGCCUCACGAUCGCCCUCCGCCUCCUCUGGCGAUGAGCUUGAAACCACCGCCGAAGAGGAAGACUCCGAAGACUACUGCAAGGGUGGGUAUCACCCCGUGGCUGUCGGUGAAACCUACAACAACGGUCGCUACGUCGUCGUGCGCAAACUCGGCUGGGGCCAUUUCUCCACGGUGUGGCUAUCGCGCGAUACCACCACCGGCAAACACGUCGCGCUCAAAGUCGUCCGCUCAGCCGCCCACUAUACGGAAACCGCCAUCGAUGAAAUCAAACUCUUGAAUCGCAUCGUCCAAGCCAAGCCCUCCCACCCCGGUCGCAAACAUGUCGUCAGUCUGCUCGACUCCUUCGAACACAAAGGCCCCAACGGUGUCCACGUCUGCAUGGUUUUCGAGGUCCUCGGAGAGAACCUGCUGGGUCUGAUUAAGCGUUGGAACCACCGCGGGAUCCCCAUGGCCCUCGUCAAGCAGAUCACCAAGCAGGUGUUGCUUGGUCUGGAUUACCUUCAUCGCGAGUGCGGUAUCAUUCACACCGAUCUGAAGCCCGAAAACGUUCUCAUUGAGAUCGGCGAUGUCGAGCAGAUUGUCCAGGCGCAUGUUCAACAGGAGCAGGCGAAGAAGGAUAAAGAGGACAAUCGCAAUGGUCGCCGACGGAGGCGUACCCUCAUUACUGGCAGCCAGCCGCUGCCCAGUCCGUUGAACAGCAGCUUUAGCGGUUUCGACUUUAAGCAUAGUUCCUCAAAUUCACACAGCAGUCUCAGCCAGAUGGUCAAUGAAGCAGACCCUCCAUCGAUGAAGGAGUCGCUUGGCAUCGCAGAACAAGAUGAACAGCAAGGCCAGCGCGAGAAGACCGCCGAUCUCCUGGAGAGAGAGGUGUCUGGUAUCUCACUCAACAAAACCUCCCAACCCGAAGACGAAAUCGAUCUGAAUAUAAUCUCCGUUAAGAUCGCCGACCUGGGCAACGCCUGCUGGGUUGGCCACCACUUCACCAAUGACAUUCAAACACGACAAUAUCGUUCCCCCGAAGUUAUAUUAGGUGCCAAGUGGGGUGCUAGCACGGACGUAUGGAGUAUGGCCUGCAUGGUCUUCGAACUCAUCACAGGAGAUUACCUCUUCGACCCACAGUCCGGCACAAAAUACGGCAAAGACGACGACCAUAUCGCCCAGAUCAUCGAACUUCUCGGCCCCUUGUCCAAAUCCCAAUGUCUGUCCGGCAAAUGGUCUCAAGAGAUCUUCAAUCGCAAGGGCGAACUGCGUAACAUCCAUCGUCUACGCCACUGGGCUUUGCCCGAGGUCCUUCGCGAGAAAUACCACUACAGCGUCGAGCAGAGUAUGCGUAUUAGCGAGUUCCUUCUCCCAAUGCUGGAUCUUCUUCCUGAGAAGCGCGCUAAUGCGGGUGGCAUGGCGUCGCAUGAGUGGAUCAGUGAUGCGAUUGCUAUGGAGGACAUUGGGUUGGGGAUUACGCCCGGAACCCGCGGUGAAGGGAUUGAUGGAUGGGCUCAGGAAUUUAAGAGGCGAUGA